AAAAUAUAGCUUUGAAAAUUAUUUUGAUAUCUUUAGAUUACUGUUUGAGCAGUGACUACGUGCAAGAGCGAUAGUAGAAAGGAUAAGACAUUAUCUUUCCACCCAUUCCAAAAAUUACAGAAAUUGAGGAAGAUUUGGGUUGAUUUUUUUAAACGCAAAUAUAAUUGGAAUCCUUCAACAAGCUUCCUUUGCAGCUAGCAUUUUGAGAAGAAAAACUCUGAGCUUAACUUUAGAGAACAACUUUUAAAUACGAAAAGCAAGACUAGACUUGUGUUUUCCUUGGCGUUUCCCACUAUCAGAAAUGACCAGUUAUCACCAACUGAAAGGGAGAAUAGAAUGUAUGAGAAGGAAAAGGCUAGCAAGAAAACAUACCUCCUUCAUGUUCAGCUAAUAAAAGCGACAACCUUUGCAGACAUGAUGGUGUGUGAUACAUUAAUAAGUUAUCAUUUUAUUAAUUUCAUUUCCAUAUACGUAGGUACUAUAUUCAUGAAAUAAUUAUUUCCAAAGGGACAAUAUAUUGAUUAUUAUUAAAUUAUUCGAAGUUUUAAUUUUUUCACUUGCAGAUAAUCUUCAAUCUAAAGAGAAAAAGGAGUGGAAAAUUAAAUAUGAACAGCUCUUGGAAAAAAAUAGUCAGCAAGGAAAAGAAAUUGAGAUGCUGAGGCUGAAAUGUGAAAUAAAUGAAACAACCGUUUCAUCGCUUACUGAAAAAAUCAAUGAUUUAAUUUCAAGGGUUUUAACUAAAGCCCAAAAAAAUAAAUUACAAAAUGAUAAGAAGUGGGUUAAGUGGUCAUCAGAAGAUAUUUCUAGAGCACUCUUUGUUACCUAAGCCAAAGGACAUAUCUUCAUCUAAUUUGUCAUAUCCACUACCACAUUUAGUAACAUGAGAAAGUGGGUAUCAAUAUUGAAUUUUAGAAGUGGAAUUAUCCAUGAUGUUCUUGAUUUUAUGAAAAUUGCUGGUUUAGCAAAAUCUAAUAUGCAAAAAGUUUGUGUGUCAGCAUUUGAUGAAGUCAAGGUCAAAGCAUUUUAUGAGUAUGACAAAAUUCUGGAUCAAAUUGUUGGCCCAUAUAAUCAGAUACAAGUAGUGAUGGUGCAAGGUUUAUUCCAUUUAUGGAAACAACCGAUCUAUUUGAUUCUAAUUCUAAUUCUAUUUUAUUUCUACGACGGGACCUGACCCAAGAUGGCGAGUAGAGGGAAAUUUUUCUCCAGUUAUCUAAUCCGGUGCGGCGAACAAAUGGUGGGUCUCAAGACGCUGCUGGUUCGAACCGACUCCGAAAAUGCAACAGGCGAGAUAAUCGGCUUCGACAUCUCUCCGACAGUUGAAGAUUACAAUAAAGUGAUAAUGGUAAGGGGAGAUUCUUCUCUUCCCUGCAUAGUUCUACCUGACGUUAACAUACGUGUAAACGUGAAGGCUUUCUUCGAAGGCAAGUUUACCGGUGAUAAAUUGACCGGAAAAUUCUUUCUCAAGCGCGAGGGCAAAGCUAUCUAAUCUUCAAUCUAAAGAGAAAAAGGAGUGGAAAAUUAAAUAUGAACAGCUCUUGGAAAAAAAUAGUCAGCAAGGAAAAGAAAUUGAGAUGCUGAGGCUGAAAUGUGAAAUAAAUGAAACAACCGUUUCAUCGCUUACUGAAAAAAUCAAUGAUUUAAUUUCAAGGGUUUUAACUAAAGCCCAAAAAAAUAAAUUACAAAAUGAUAAGAAGUGGGUUAAGUGGUCAUCAGAAGAUAUUUCUAGAGCACUCUUUGUUACCUAAGCCAAAGGACAUAUCUUCAUCUAAUUUGUCAUAUCCACUACCACAUUUAGUAACAUGAGAAAGUGGGCAUCAAUAUUGAAUUUUAGAAGUGGAAUUGAUUCUCCAUGAUGUUCUUGAUUUUAUGAAAAUUGCUGGUUUAGCAAAAUCUAAUAUGCAAAAAGUUUGUGUGUCAGCAUUUGAUGAAGUCAAGGUCAAAGCAUUUUAUGAGUAUGACAAAAUUCUGGAUCAAAUUGUUGGCCCAUAUAAUCAGAUACAAGUAGUGAUGGUGCAAGGUUUAUUCCAUUUAUGGAAACAACCGAUCUAUUUAAUUCUAAUUCUAUUUUAUUUCUACGACGGGACCUGACCCAAGAUGGCGAGUAGAGGGAAAUUUUUCUCCAGUUAUCUAAUCCGGUGCGGCGAACAAAUGGUGGGUCUCAAGACGCUGCUGGUUCGAACCGACUCCGAAAAUGCAACAGGCGAGAUAAUCGGCUUCGACAUCUCUCCGACAGUUGAAGAUUACAAUAAAGUGAUAAUGGUAAGGGGAGAUUCUUCUCUUCCCUGCAUAGUUCUACCUGACGUUAACAUACGUGUAAACGUGAAGGCUUUCUUCGAAGGCAAGUUUACCGGUGAUAAAUUGACCGGAAAAUUCUUUCUCAAGCGCGAGGGCAAAGCUACCCGCGCAGGGAAAGAUGUCACAAUAUUUUCCGUCGAGCGGGUUUCAGCUGGCAAGCGAAGCGAGUUAAAACCGGCUGAGAUCAGCAGUUUAAAGACCGCCCUGAAACUCGAAGGGUUUAGGGGGCACGUGUUUGAAAGGAACAAUAAGACGAAAACUGCAGCGCCUGCUCCGUCCACGCUUAAGAAGACACCCGUUCCGGUGUCUUCUUCCAAAGUGUUAAAGGAGGUUCCCUCCACUUCAAAAGAUAUCACUAAAGCGUCUGGUGGCAUUUCUGCUACCAGCACAUUAAAGAAAACGCCAGUGGCGAAGAAACGAUACCCAUUCAAACUCCAAUGA